UUCUAGGAUGCAAUAGUCAAGACAACCCGGAGUGUCCAUGUCCACCACAGCCUAGCUUAUUCCUUUGAGGUGUGGUAGAGGAGAGAUUCAGGCAAAAUCUCUGAUUGGCCGAUACAGGCCUCAGACAGCAGUCAACCAAUUGUGUGCCACCAGGAUACAGACUUAAGAUAAAGCUACUGGUAAAGGCUCUGCUGGUACCAGUGAGUAUUGCACCCUUCAGCCUGAGGCAGUGGAUGCUUGCCCAGGCAUUCAUGUAUAUAUGGACUGUCAGUUCUGCAUCAGUCUUAGUGUGCUGGGACAGAAGUGCUGAGAAAAACUAACCAGCCUUACGUUCUUGUACAAAUGGUUUGUCAACAAAUUCUCUUUUCAUCUGCUUAACCUUUUUUUCAUCAGAAAGGGAAGAUGCUCAGACUUCAAUAUUUUAAUGAUGAGUUUCAAGCAUUUGAUCAACUGGCUCUGACAAGACAGCAAACUGGAAAUCAGCAAACUUAAAACAAACAGGAAGAGAAACAUAAAAGAUGGUAAAGUUAUACACCCAGGAAUAGUGAAGCUGUUGUGGAUGGAGUGAAGUGCAUGUCCAUGACUGUCCUUACCUCUGAACUGAAACUUUACCUUGACUUGUGUUGUCAAGUUUUCACUUGAGAUUAUAAUAUAGUGUACAUCAGAGCUAUGGCAAUGAAAUAUGACAGAGAGGAACUCAUCGAGCAAACUGCAGAAUCAGGGGAUCCUAAUUCAUCAGCGCAGGAUGGUCGUGAUAUGAUGUACGACCAGUUCCCUGAGCAGUUAGGGAUCAAUACUAGCACCCUGGUGAGCACCACCAGCCAAGACAUUGUCCUCUAUUCCAUCUGCUGUGCCAUGGCUAUCACAAUUGUUGUGGGAACUAUAGGUAACCUGAUGGUGGUUUUAGCGGUACGCACAAACAGAAAACUACAGACAACUUCUAACGUCUUUGUCGUCAACCUAAGUAUCUGUGAUCUGCUGUUUGUGGCUGCUGUCCUUCCGUUUAAUAUCUACACCUACAUUUAUGAUGGCUGGUUUCUGAAUAAGAAUUUGUGCAAAUUCAUAGGUUUCCUAGGAUACACGCUAACAGGGACAACAAUCAUAACCAUAACAGUGAUAUCCUGGAAUCGCUACCAACUAGUGGUGAACCAUCAUACCUACAAGCAAACAUUCUCCAGAAGACGGAUAGUAUUCAUGCUGAUAGGGACAUGGGUUCUGCCAGUUGUGUGCCUCUUGCCUGCCAUUACUGAGAUAUGGGGACAGUUUGGUUAUGUUCCAAUGCUUGUGGCAUGUAAUUUGCUCCUGAACCACGAAAGUCAAUCUUUCAAGCUGUUUCUGUUGGUUGUAAGAGCAGGAUUCCCGUGCAUGAUUAUCAUCUAUCAUUACGCUCGAAUCUUUCUUAUCACUCGUGCUAGUCACAGACGUGUGCUAAGCAAAAUGGGACAAGACCAGGCAAUGACCUUCGACUUACACAAACAGAAGAAAGAACUUCACCUCACGAGAAUGAUGACCGUGAUUUUCGCUGUCUUUAUCCUAUCUUACUUUCCCUGUACUAUAACUGGAAUCAUUGACUGGAAUACUGUGCUCUCCAAGAGUUUCCACAUGAUAUGUGCUGGGACAGUAUAUGUUGGCAGCGCAGUGAACCCCUUGAUUUACGGACUAAUGAAUCGCCAAUUUCGACAGGCCUACUGCCAGCUACUCUCUUGUGGAACAGCCAAGACCAUGAAGUCUUUGAAAAGACAGCCAGAGUCGGAGAACAGGAAUAAAUCCAUCGGCCGUCGUAUCUCCUGUCCGGCCUCACUCACCGUCAUACACCAUCCAGCCUCCAGACAAGCUGGUUUUAAGACUAUCGUUCAUACACCUUUGCUUCAGGAUGAAUCAGAGAAAGAAUUCUCCGUUGGGAGUUCCGAAGACCCUUUUGUCGACAGGGAAAGCUUCAAUCUGGACAAAGAGGAAAAUUCCUCACCCUAUGAUCAGCCAAGAAAGAGAAGUUUAAUUCACAACAAUACAGAGCUCACUUUCCUUCAAGUACCACAAGGCUUUGUAUGAUCAACAACUUUUGUAAUAUUCUAUAUGUAUCAAACCACACAUCAAUGGACUGCUAUGUGUGCAUGGUUUUAGUUUAAUUGUAUCCAAAAUUCUAUACGACUGAUAAUAUAGAAUUGUUGUAUUUCAUACUAUAUAUAUAUAAAGACUGUCUAUGUACCGGUGUUAUCAAUGUGUUGCUAAAGUACAGAAUAAAUACAGAUUAUUCAUUGUUU